AUGGCCAAGACCCAAAAGAACAAAGCCACAUCGUUCCACUUGGGACAACUGAAGGCGAAGCUCGCCAAGCUCAAGCGUGAGCUGCUGACGCCUUCGGGCGGAGGCGGCGGCGGCGGCGCCGGUUUCGACGUUGCGCGUACGGGUGUUGCCAGUGUUGGCUUCAUCGGCUUUCCCUCCGUCGGAAAGAGUACGCUGAUGAGCAAGCUGACGGGUCAGCACUCUGAGGCGGCCGCGUAUGAGUUCACGACUCUCACGUCCGUCCCGGGUCAGGUUGUCUACAACGGGGGCGAGAAGCUGAUGCGCAUUGCAGGUGCCCCUUUGCAAAUCAUCGAUUUGCCUGGUAUUAUCGAAGGAGCCAAGGACGGUCGCGGACGUGGUCGCCAGGUCAUCGCCGUCGCGAAGACGUGCCAUCUCAUCUUCAUCGUGCUGGACGUCAACAAGCCCCUGACGGACAAGCGCGUCAUCGAGUCCGAACUCGAGGGUUUCGGUAUCCGCAUCAACAAGUCGCCCCCGAACAUCACCUUCAAGAAGAAGGAAAAGGGCGGUCUCAAUAUCACCAGCACGGUUCCCCUGACGCACAUCGACCACGACGAAAUCAAGGCCGUCAUGAACGAAUACCGCAUCAACUCUGCCGAUAUCGCCAUCCGCUGCGACGCCACCAUCGACGACCUCAUCGAUAUCCUCGAGGCCAAGAGCCGCAGCUACAUCCCCGUCAUCUACGUCCUCAACAAGAUCGACGCCAUCAGCAUCGAGGAGCUCGACCUGCUGUACCGGAUCCCGAACGCCGUGCCAAUCAGCUCUGAGCAGGGCUGGAAUAUCGACGAGCUGAUGGAGGCAAUGUGGGAGAAACUGAACCUGGUCCGCGUAUAUACGAAACCGAAGGGUCGCUUGCCUGACUACUCUCAACCGGUUGUGCUUCGCUCGUCGAGGUGCACGGUCGAAGACUUUUGUAACGCAAUUCACAGGAGCAUUCUUGAACAGUUCAAGACGGCCAUUGUCUAUGGCAAGUCUGUCAAGCAUCAGCCUCAGCGUGUUGGAUUGGCCCACGAGCUGGCUGACGAAGAUAUCGGUAUGAUUAUGCCCCUUUGA